GUAUUUUUUUUUUAUCAGUGCAGCGACUGUUUACAUACAUUACGUAUCGACAUUUAAGGAUACUCCAGUAUAAAAGGAGCGAUCCUUUGCAAAGAGCAUUUACUUGACAGCUGGGCUUAAAUCUUGAAUCGGAAUAUCUGUAAAUAUGAAGUGUAUCUACGUGCUGUCAUUCCUGCUGGCUCUGGCCGCUGUUCAAGCUGAAGACAAGUACAGCACAGAGAAUGACAAUCUGGACAUUGAUGCGGUUGUCGCAAACGUGGAUUCCCUGACAAACUUCGUGGCAUGUUUCUUGGAUCAAGAGCCUUGUGACGCCGUUGCUGCUGAUUUUAAAAAGGACAUCCCCGAGGCCGUCACCACGAGGUGCGCCAAGUGCACGGACGCCCAAAAGCACAUCUUCUACAAAUUUAUCCUGGGACUUAAGGAGGAGCUGCCAAGAGGCUACGAAGAGUUCAGACGUAAGUACGACCCAGAGAACAAACACUUCUCAGCCUUGGAAAACGCCGUCUCUCCUGCUUAAGACAGACCUACAACUUUUUGUAGGACAGAUAAAUCAGUCCGAUUUUUCGUAGGACGUUUGACUUGUGCGUUGCACUAUUUAAUUGCUAUUAGUGUGUUCUGUUUUUCUCCUACAAGAAAUCGGUCACCGAUUAUCGGAUGUGGGCGGGCAGCCUAAAACUAGGUGUGCCUUACAAUGUAUUACCUUGAUUUCAGAUACUUUAGUAUAUAAAUAUGUAUAAGUUUUAAGUAAGGAUGUGAUUUUAUCAUUAAGUUGUCAGUUUUUGUUAAGUUGCUAGAAAAUACGGACCGUGUAGUCGUAUUUUUAUUUUUUGCUAUUUGAAGGAAUGUGAGCAAAACAUUUACUUACCUAUAACUUUAGUGAGUUUUUGGAUUUUCCAAUGUAUGAGCUUCUCGAAUACAGUUCUUUUCUAAUAA